CCCACAAAGUUUCCGUUGUGUGAGGUGGAAGGCUGACUACAAAAGGUGGUCGGGGGGAAGCGCUGCCAUCCAGACUGUUGAGCAUUGACUUCUACCUGACGACCAUGAUCCACGCGUACUGCGUAAUACUUCUCCUUCAGCUGCUCUCCCCUACUGGGGCUUCUGAGAGUGGAAUCGUGAAUGGCAAAGUCACAAAGCCUCAUUCCAGACCCUACAUGGCAUCACUCCAGCUUCAUGGACAACACUCAUGUGGAGGGAUUCUUAUUCGGGAGGACUUUGUCCUGACUGCUGCACACUGUGAACAACCAGAAACAAUGACAGUGGUUCUUGGAGCACAUAACAUAAAAAAGAAAGAGAAAAGUCAACAACAGAUCAAAGUGGCGAAGUACAUUAAACAUCCAAAAUACAAUGGAAAAUUUGAUUAUGACAUCAUGUUACUGAAGUUGGAAAAGAACGCCACGCUGAAUAAGUUUGUGAAAACUAUUGGACUACCGAGGAAAAAAGGGAAAAUCCCAGCCAACAUUAAAUGCACCGUGGCAGGAUGGGGCAGAACUGGACAUGACGAGCCCGCCUCAGAUGUGCUGAAGGAGAACACGGAGACGCUGCAAUUCAACUUUGUGUGUGAACAGAUAUGGCAACAGUACUUUGAUGACGAUAGCAUGAUUUGCACCAAAUUCACCAGAAAGGCGGGAGGGGUAUGCCAGGGUGAUUCCGGUGGACCACUCAUCUGCAACAACAUGCCUCAGGGUAUAACAGCUUUCACCCAUGAAGAUGAUUGUAACGAUCCCGAGUGGCCCCAUGUCUUCACUAAAGUCAAUGCCUUUAUCCCCUGGAUUAAGGAAGUGCUGAAGGGAAAGAGGAAUGUUACAUGAGCCACUCGUUCAGAGGCCAAGAAUACUUCCCUUUCUUCACUUACUUACUUAACAUGGAUUAGUAAAGCAAAUAUUUAGAGAGAAUUAAUGGUCUUAGUUUUGAAAAAUAAUUCAUUAAGCUGGAUUUUGUGAAUGCCCUGUACGCGGACAGAAAAGCACAAAUGCUCAAAUUCGGAAGAAUUCAAGACUUUAAAUUUACAACAUUUCCUUCCACAUUAUCUCACUGAAGCUCUACAUUUCUAAAAUUCCUGUACAGCUAUGUACAUAUUCGCCUCUAUAAUGCUACAAUUCAGU